GGUAUCGGAAAGAAACAUGCGCACUAUUACCAGAAACUGUCAGUCAUAGGUAGACGCGAACAGGGAAUGUUGUGUCGAGUGAGGGAAGAGCCUACUUUAUUUAAAAUAUGAAAUCUUAGUCGCGUUAUAAAAUAUGAAUGUAGGCCUUGGGGUUGCUGUUAUUGUCAUGUUUUUGGGCCAUGUGUACAAAGCGUCGGCCCUGUUGCCCAGCCCCCAGAACGUCACCCUGCAGACGCUCAACACCCGCUACGUCCUCGUGUGGACCUGGGACUCUGCGCUGGGCUGCCCGGCCAACCAAACGGCCACGUUCACCGCCCAGUACCUGCCUAAAUUCAAACUGCGGACGAAGAAGAGGGACUGGAAGUCGGCAUGCUCGGAGACCGCGGAUGCCUACUGCGACUUUACCAGCUGUGACCUGUACUACAUGGGGGUCUACAUGCUCCGGGUUCGAGCCAGUUGCGUGGGGAAGAACUCAAAGUGGGUCCAGCUGGAGUUCUGUCCAGACAAGCAAGCUCACCUGGGCCCGCCCUCCAAAGUGGAGGCGGUCCCCGGCAUCGAGCUUCUGGAGCUGCGCAUCUCCGACCCUCUCACCAGCAAGAGUGCGUCAAUGAAGGAGAUCUACCCGGAAAUGUAUUACCUCAUCGUGUACUGGAAAGACACCCAGAAUGCUGUGAAAGACUAUCGAGGUUUGAACACGAGCAUCAACAUUGCGACCCUGGCUGAUCUGGAGCCCUGGACUGUGUACUGCUUCAAGGUGCAGUCACGAUUCAACUUCUACAACAAGAUCAGCGGCUUCAGCGAAACGCAGUGCCAGCGGACCACAGGUAGGACCCCGCUGUGGCAGAUAUUCCUGUGGUUCCUGGCUUCCCUGGUCCUGUGUUUCCUGUGCGUCCUGCUCCCUUCUUAUGGCCUUUUCAGAUUCUACUGGCUGAUUAAAGCCACCUUCUUCCCAUCCUACCAGCUCCCAGAAAACAUACAAGAGUACCUAUACGACUCCUCCCCUGACUCGGACCGGCCCCGCCUCCUGACGCCGGAGUCCGAGGUGGAGGUGUGCUGCGAGUCCCUGGACGUGCUGCCCGUGGUGGUGCUCCCCGAGAUCCACGCCCCAGCGGACCCCCCCGGCGGCCUGGACCCCGACCCGUCCCGGCACAGCCGGCAGGGCAGCGGCGACUCCGGGGUCUACUCCAACGAAGAGGGGUCCGGGCAGGCGGGCGGCUCGUCGACGGGGGCGGAGCCGAAGAAGGGAACGGGGCCGGCAACGGAGCGGGUGAAGAUGGUGGAGAUCGGGGUGGUGGAGUCGAGGACAGAGGGUCUCGACGUCGCCCCCUGUGGCCGCGGCCCGAAGUGCUGGCCCCCGACCCGCGUUUGGGCUGCUGAGGACGUUCUGGAGGAGUGUGUCUGACCCCUCCCGGUGAUGUGAGGGUGGCCCAGGAGUAGCCCAAAGGGACAUGCUCCCCCCCCCGAACAAUAGGGCAUCUGCCAGGUGACUCGUUACUGUGACCAUGACGAUGCCCUCGAUUGACUCCAUCGUCUGCAGGCCGUCCCGUGUUCUUCUCUGUUUCAUACAGCCUGUGGAACAGCUGCGCUGGUGCAGAGCUGUGUGUGUACAGCUGAAAGUGUGUGUGUGUGUGUGUAUGUGUAUGUGUGUGUGUGUGUGUGUGUGUGUGUGUGCAUGUGCGUGGGUGUCAACCGUAGGGGGAAAGAGAUCGAUCUUGUGAUACUUUCUUCUGCGAUACAGUAAUAAUGCAGUGGUGCCUAAAACCAACAUUUUAUCUAAAUAUAUACACAUAUUACAAUUCAUGUUAUUUUCAUGUUAUGAUUUUAAUGCACAACGUGAAUGCAAAGAGACACCCUCCAUGGAGUGCAUUAAAAUCAUAUUGGCCAGCCGCCAUCUCGUCGUGGAUUAUCCCGCUUAUGCAGUGGUCACUAGUGGGAAAAAAUUAAAACAAGGCCAUUUUCAUUAGACGCUUUGCAUUCAGAAUUUAAAGGAUAUUAGUGCCAAAACUGCAGAUGGACUAAACUGCUGCUUGUCUAGAACGACUGACAUUGAAGAGCCUCACCAAUUUCAUUGUUUACUUCUGUUUUUCUCUCCUAAAUUUAAUUGCACUUAAUUAAUUGCAUCAUUUAUUUACUUAAAUGAAGCUACUGAAGGGAUUGUGUGUUCUUGAAUGUUUUAUUUUCUUACAGACUGCUAUGUGUUCAUUGUGUUCAUGUUCACAAGUACAAGUUUUCAGUGAAAUUAAUUAAUGCGACAAUUUUUGUUGAGUGUGAUGGGUUUUGGCAUAUUUUUCUUCUUAGGCACAUGAUUUGAACUUUGCACUGCAGUGAAAUGAGAAACGAAUAAAAAUAGCAAUAUAUCGCAGUAUCGUAUGGCAACGCUCAGCGUAUCGCAAAAGCACAAAGAAUCACAAUAGUAUCGUAUCGAGACCAGAGUACCGGGGAUAAUGACAUUGUGAGGACCCUGGCGCUUCCCACCCCGAGUGUGUGUGUAUCUGUGGGUGUUUGUGUGUGUGUGUGUGUGUGUGUGUGUGUGUCUGUGGGUGUUUGUGUGUGUGUGUGUGUGUGUGUGUGUGUCUGUGGGUGUUUGUGUGUGUGUGACUGAUUGUGUUCAGAUAUGAGAGGGAGACCCUGGCCUGCGUUAUAAUGGCCACAGUGUGUCGCUGUGCGCAACAGCACAGGAAGAGGCGUUAAUCUUGCAUGUGGACGUGCGUGUGCGUGCGUGUGCGCAUGUGUACAUUUACAAGCGCUUUUUGUCAGUACUGUACAGUGUGUCUGUGUACAUGCCACGUAUCUCAGUCAAUAUGUGCGUCUUCAUUUUCCAGCACUUAUAAAUUAUGUUUAGAAGUGUUCGUCUGGCCUCAAAUGCAGCAAAGCAAAAAGUGAAGCAAAAAGAUUGGUGACCAUUUAUGAUCUCCUUGCCCGCAUCAUCAUCAUAUUUUUUUUUUAUAGAAGUGCUGGUAUGCUUUAAUGUUGAAGAGGUAACUGGACUGGUAUCUUGUGUGCGUGUGUACAUGUAUAUGUGUGUGUGUGUGUGAGAGAGAGAGAGAGAGACGCAUUGAGAUACCACAUUCACAUGUUUAUGAUUCUUAUAGAAUCCUGAGGUGUGUGUCAGAAGUCUCACAUGGCGUGAGCACCUGUUAUGCUUUUUGUUUCUUGUUUUUUAUCAUCUGUGUUCUCUGCACACAUUGAAGUGACAGGUGUGCAGUAGAUUACUGUAAGUCUUAAAAGGAGAACUGGAUCAACCCGUGUGUAAGAUAUUUAUUUUGACUAUGUCCUUUUCUAUUUUUCCCUCUUCCUCUUUUUAAUUUAAUUUAACUUUUUUUAAGUCCGUGUGUUUACAUACAAUCAUCGAAAGUGCUCCAAAAUACACAAGUGAUGUUUUUCCCUCAAACCCGAUGUGUCAGUUUGAAAUAAACCUGUUGGAACAUGCCCCCUUGAGUAAGGUAUGUCGCCUCGAUUACUUCAUUUGGCUGCGCAACUGAACAAGAGUGCCGUUUACUAAGGAACGAACACGCCAUUUAGCAUGGUGCGCUAGCAUAGCAUAUGCAGCGCUUGCUGGUAGACCAAGCACUUGCAUACAGUCUGUAUAUCAUGGCAUUGAUUAGUGUAGCAAUUCAUAGCCGGAGUCUUAGGUAUAUUGUUUUGGUGUGGAAUAAGAACCUCAAGAUGAUGUAAACCUUGCUGAACCCAUUGUGCUCGUGAUGAAUGUUGGUUUUCUGAAAAUCUGCAAAUGUGCGUUUAAUUGCGAUUGGCAGGUGUCUGUCACUGAAGAGAGGUGAAAAGAAGUCAAUUGGUUGGGUGCAUGCAUUUAGGAAGAGUGUGUGUGCUGCAGUGUAUCAUUUGGAACACUGGGCACUGAAGUGAAGAAAGACCUUAAGUUACCAUUUAGAAUUCCAAAUUGUGGAGAGAAAUAAAAAGCUAUUGUGCUAUGUAUAGCGCAAGAAAUAUUAUAGUAUGCAUCAUGAAACACAGUCAGUUAUCCAUCAUUUAUAUACAACCAAUGUCACAGUUUGCUAAUGUAAUUUGCUACGGUUUGUGUUAUAUGGUUGUGGAUACAUUGACACUGCUCAGACAGUGAAAUCUGUACAUUCGUUCACUUACCUUGGGAAAAGUCCUUUAGAUCAGAUCACCUUUUUCUGUAGAGUGAAAUCCAAAAACCUGCUCCUGCUAUAUGAAUGCACAUAUGUAUGUUGUUCUAUUGCUGUGCUGUGACCCUUAGUGUGUGUAAACUGAAUAGACUUGAUAACUUGCGCUGCUGCGGCUUCAGCGUGACUCUCCCUUUGUAAAGUGCCUGCGUGACACUGACUGAAAGCAGCAGCCAUGGCUGUAACGGAUGCAUUGAUCAAAGGAGGGAGGAGAAUGCAUUGAAGAGGUGCCAACGCCAUUGCACUGUUGCGUUUUUUGUGUUAUGUGCACUCGUAGUGCUGUAUUGAGUGUCUUGGGAAAAGGUCAAUAAAGUUGGACUUUUUCAUUACAAAG